AUGAUGAAACCAAUCUCAGUGAUGAUCCAGGUAAAAAAAAUAUUAACAAAGCGUGGAUGUAAGUAUCCUGAACGCAUCAUUAAUUCUACAAAGACCUCAUUCUCUAUAAUGAUUUGCGUUAAUACUAAUGGUGAAUUGCUACCACCUUAUGUUGUUUACAAAGCUGAGUCGUUAUGGAAUACAUGGAUGGAAUAUGGGCCACCAAAAGCACGUUGUAACAGAUCAAAAAGUGGUUGGUUUGAUUCAACAUGUUUACUUCUUCCAAGACUUAAGAAGGCUCAAAGAAGAAGUGUCAUUAUAGGUGAUAACGUAUCUUCACAUUUGAGCAUUGCAGUACUGGAUGCAUGUCAAAGCAAUAACAUAGAAUUUGUGGCAUUACCAGCAAACUCUACACAUCUCACACAGCCAUUAGAUGUUGCCUACUUUAGACCUAUGAAGAUUAACUGGCGCAAAAUAUUAUGUGAAUGGAAGGAGAAAGGAAAAGGAAGAAGAGUUGCUUCUCUUCCUAAUGAUGAAUUUUCUAGACUUUUAGACCAUUUAAUUACCAACUAA